AUGUCCCGCUUACUGGCCGCCGACUGGUGCGAGGAGCUGCCCUCCGAACCGUACCUGCUGGACGCCAGCGACCCCCGAGCCUGGCUCUCCAGCCCCGCACUGGCCGCCGCCCCGGACUACCUGCUGUCCCAGGCCGGCGGGAGGAGACCCAAGGUGUGGAAACUGAAGGGGCUGCAGGUGGAGGAGGAGGAGGACGACGACGACGAGGACGACGAUGGGGGCGAGGAGUGCCACCAGAGAGCCCCGUCAGGGAAAGCCCCCAACGGGGUGCAGAAGCAGCGCCGGCUGGCCGCCAAUGCCCGGGAGAGGAGGAGGAUGCAUGGCCUCAACCAUGCCUUCGACCAGCUCCGGAACGUCAUCCCCUCCUUCAACAACGACAAGAAACUUUCCAAGUACGAGACCCUGCAGAUGGCUCAGAUCUACAUCAACGCCUUGUCCGAACUUCUCCAGGCACCUCCCGAACACCCCCCACCCUGCUCUAACUAUGGGGGGGAAGCACGGAGGUUCCCUGCCGACUACCCUCUGCCACUCGACCCCAUCAACUACUCCAGCCACAAGUCCCCUUCCUCUCCACCUGCCCAGUCUUCAGGAGAGGAGAGCAAACCUUCCCCCAGAGGUCACAGGAGUGAUGGAGAGUUCUCCCCACAUUCCCACUACAGCGACUCCGAUGAGGCCAGCUAA